UUGAGAAUCACGAUAUUGAUAUGAAUUCGGAUUGUAAUAAUGGGCAAGGCAAAGUUUGGAAAAACUUUAAAAUAAAUAAUAAAGAUUAUAUGAUCUGUUUUGUGAAGGAAAAUGAGUCGUGGAAAGUCCUUUUAACAAAUCUGAUAGAAAUUUGGUCAGAGACUCUGACAGACGAAUCUGUGUUUCACAAAUGUCAGACCAUGAAUCCUCUUUUAAAUCUUGAGGUUUUUGAUUGGAAGGAAGUGGUAUUGGAUAUGUUAAAUAAUAUCCCUGAAUACAUGCAUGAAAAUCGUUUAGAAGUUACAACAUAUCACUUAGAAUUGCAAAAAAAAAAAGGUUUCAUAAAAUUACGAUUUUUACUGGAUCUUUUGAAAGGAACGCCACAGCAAUUUUGGAAAAGUGUAACUAUGCCUCUCUGCUCGUCAUCAAUGGAACUGAUUCGCCGGUACAAGAUUCUACUAGAUCUGGUUAAACAGAAAGAUGAAGAAAUAGCUGAAUACAAAGCGGAAGGCGCAGAGUUAAUUAGGAAUUAUAUCGCUACAAAGCCAUUCAGUGAGGAAUUGUUUCGCACUGAUGAUACUGGAUCAACUGAUUUUGUAAAUAUUUUCCAAUCCGUGCUCUGUUUUUAUAACGAAAUAACCUUGUUAAAGUCACACGCAAAACUAGAAGUAUCUUCAAACGACGCAAGUGGCACUAAUGCUUCAAAGACUGAUGGAAAUGUUUUUCUUGAUUCAUCAAAAAACGAUUUUGUACAGAAGCUAAGGCAAGAUAAAUUGAAUAAUAUACAAGGACCUUCAAAAGUUGAGGAGUGUACAGCAAAUUCUUCUAGCAAAGCUUCAAUUUUGAAAAUAAGUAGUACAUCUCACACGAUACCUAAGAAAAAAAAUAAGAAAACUUUGAACGACUUCAUAAAAUUUAUGUUAUUUGUGCUAUUGUGUGAUAUGUGCUACAUAUGUUAGAAAUAUAUUUAAAGAAAGAG